CCCCUGCAUGCCCACCAAGCUCCCUCUCUGCUCCUAGAAACCGUCCCGAGGGCAAAGUGCUGGAGACCGUGGGGGUGUUUGAGGCACCGAAGCAGCAUGGCAAAUACGAGACGGGUCAGCUAUUUCUUCACAGUGUGUUUGGCUACCGAGGAAUAGUCCUGUUUCCCUGGCAAGCCAGGCUUUACGAUCGAGAUGUGGCUUCUCCUGUCACAGAAAAAAGCGAGAACGCAGCAGGCCACGGUUCCAAAGAGGUCAAGGGCAAAACGCAUACUUACUACCAGGUGCUAAUAGAUGCCCGGGAUUGUCCUCAUAUAUCUCAGAGAUCGCAGACAGAAGCAGUGACGUUCCUGGCAAACCACGAUGACAGCAGAGCCCUCUAUGCCAUACCAGGUUUAGAUUAUGUAAGCCAUGAAGAUAUCCUUCCCUUCUCCUCCACUGAUCAAGUACCCAUCCAGCACGAGCUUUUUGAGAGGUUUCUCAUGUACGACCAAACAAAAGUUCCACCUUUUGUAGCAAGGGAUACGCUGUGUGCCUGGCAGGAGAAAAACCACCCCUGGCUGGAGCUCUCCGACGUGCACCGAGAAACCACAGAGAACAUCCGUGUCACCGUCAUCCCUUUCUAUAUGGGCAUGAGGGAAGCCCAGAAUUCCCAUGUCUACUGGUGGCGCUACUGUAUUCGCUUGGAAAACCUUGACAGCGAAGUGGUACAGCUCCGAGAACGGCACUGGAGGAUAUUUAGCUUGUCCGGCACCUUGGAAACAGUCAGGGGCCGUGGCGUUGUAGGAAGG